AUGUCAAAUCCUAUCUCGCAUUGCCUUGCGAGACUCAAUCUAGAAGACGACAUCAAAGUAAAGCAGAGAACAGAAGAGUUUCAUGGUCAAUUAUCCAGUGUGCCAGCAAAGUUUUUCGAUAGUGGCCCCAAUCUCAAAAUUGUUGUGUGCAUUCAAUUAGCUUAUGAGAGCCUUGGAAAUCUGGAUUGGGACGUUGGAUUGGGCUCUCGAUUGGCAGGUUGUAGCACUCCAGCAUACGAAAAAGCGCUCAGUCUAUGCCGCAAACGACUCGACAUUCGUCCAACUGUUACUUUUGAUGCACUGACUAUAGCAUUAGGCUCUAGUACGAUGCUGACUCCUGUCCAGGAACUAUGGGACAACUUUGUGCAAGAGUACCCCAAAAAAUUCACAGGCGUUGACAGGAGAAAUGCGAUACAAGACCUCGAGAUGGCCGCCUGGAAAGGUGCUGCUGUCUUUUGCUGUGCCAAGGCUCAUGGAGACGCUUUGUCCAAGGAUAGGCUUCAUACACUUUGCUUUUGCACCAAACCUGAAUUGAGCCAGUGCAUCAAAACUGUCGAGAGAACCUGCCUUACCAAAUUGAAUGAACUGAAAGUUAGAUCUCGCAAAUCUUUACGCAAUACACAAACUCGCACGCCCAAAAAAGAGGCGAAAGAGAAGAAAGCAGAAACGAGCACUCCACAACCUAUGGAUAUUGAUCACACAUCAAACGAGGCAAAUAAUCAACAGGAAGCGGCACCCAGCCCUAUUGUAGAAUCAAGAAGCUCGCGGAAAGCAGUAGACGAUCAAAAGAAAGCAGCAAGCAUCCAACAGAAAAGCCCAAUCGAUCAACGAAAGAUUCCAAGUGUACAACAGAAAAGCCCGAGCAUUCAACAGAAAGAGGCAAGCACCCAGCAGAAACUUCCAACCGUCAAGGCCAGCAAGCCAAAGCCCAAGAGAAAGGAGUCAGAAAUGGAUGCAAGUGUGGACAACGUAUCCAAGAAAAAGACCAGGACAGUGUCAGGCAUUGUCUCUAUGAUCAAUGAGCAAGAUUAUACAACCAGCAAGAAGUUUCUGGAAUUUUGUCAGUGGAAAUCUACAAUGAUUGAUCAGCUACAGCGUGCAAGUUAA